CUUUCUCUCUCUCAGACGCACAGGGGUUCAUCAUUUAAACUUCUACAUACCAGGAGAGUAUUCUUCGAUGUUCUCUUAUACUAUUUGAUACGAUCUUUUGUUUAUAUGAUAUUGAGAAAGAUCAAGUUUUUUAAAUAUUACUCUCUUUCUCUUUCAUAGACGUACAAGGGGUUCAUGAUUUAAACUUCUAUAGAUAGGGGUAUUAUUCGAUAUUCCAUGUAUAUCUUUUUGGUACGAUCUUUGCUUAAGGGUAUAUAUAUAUACUGGAUAUUGUUUUAUUUUUUUUUCCCAUUUCAAUAAAAACAACAUCUCUCUGGUUUUUUUUUUUAUUUUCUCCUACUAUCGGUGUGGUUGUUAUUAUGUAUUGCAAAAAAUUGUUGUCAUUGCUUGGACUGUUUGUGUUUGCUUUUCACGUUUGCACUGCUGCGGUUCCUGUUCAAGAAUUAAUUGACAGUGGUGGUCAGAAAAUAAGUCAAGAUGGUGAAUGCUUCAGCUUCUACUCUCCAGAAAACGACAAAUGGUUAAUAGCAGACUCAAAAGGAUGGUUACAAUUUUCAUCUCUUGGGGCAUCAACGUUUCAAUUUAAAACUAUAAAUAACAAUACAGAAACCUCAUUGGGAUGUAGAUUGACUCUAUUAAAAUACAAAGGUGCUUGGAAAACAAUCAAGAAUCAAAGGCAGCCUGGUGGUGGCGAUUACUCAUCAUUGUGGAGUUACGAAGGGGUCUUAACAACAACUUAUCAUGCAUCAAGAAUAAGUGAAUUUGUAUGGAAUGACCAGAGGCAUUUCCUUUUAGAUGCAGGCUUUAAUUCAGAACAAGGAUAUGGCGCUGUAGGUCCUUAUGCAACGUACCUUGAUAAAAAUUCUAAUUGGUUAGUGGGAAAAGAAGUAGCAACUAGAGGAGGUAGAGCACUAUUUUAUAUUUUUAAACAGAACGAUUGCUCGCCUACCAACUUUUAUCCACAAAAGGCACCAUUAAAAAAUGAUGUAGCAUCUAAGCCUAUGAGUGGAACGUGCAACAAGUGAAUAUUAAUUUUUGAAUAUAUAAAUAAUAUGAAAUAAAAACCUUUGUCUUUCUCUCUCUC